AAUCAAUGCUGCAAGACAUUAAUUUUUGUAUUUAGCAAUAAUGAAAUUAGACACAACAUCUAGAUAAGGCCAACUUUUACAGAUUUAACCGUUGUAAGUACAUGAAAGACAACAUCAAGCCCGUAUCAAAUAUUGAUGAGUAUUCAAAUUUUGUUCACAAGCCCGAAAGAAAAAUGCUUGUACAUGUAAACUGCCAAACCGUUAGUGUUCAUACGUAACAAAUCUGUGGCAAGUUUUUAAAGAUCAUGUUGCAGACUGAUAGUCUCCUACUUCUUGUUAUACUAUACUUGAAUUACAAUUUCCCCUUUUGCAUCUUUUGUUAUUUCUGAAUUUGUCUUAUAUACAUGUAUAAGACUUACGAAUGCAUUUGGAAAUAAAACCCUCCCUUCUCUCAAAAUGCCCAUAAGAUAUGACAUUUUAGGUAAAGUGAAUGGCAUUGGUCGGCGUUCAUGACGUCAUAAUGGUAUGGAAAUUUGCAUUGUUACGUCACAAUCACUCUAUAUUCAUAACAUCUAUCGUCAAGGUAAUUUUCAAGAUGGAUCUCUGGCUGAACCCCUCCCGAUCAAAUGAACCGACCAGUAAAUGUGACUUCUGCUACCAGACCGGUGUUCCCGUCAAAUCACUCUCGUGCGGAAGCCAUUUUUACUGUGGGGUUUGUGAAAAGUUCGCUCCCAAGUUUUACAAGAGAGCCGACUACACAUGUAGCCGUUGUCCUGGACCGCGGCGGUCGCAGAGGCAAAGUUUGGACCUCGACUUGAGCCCCACCACGCUCAACGUCCGCCCUGUAAAGAAAAGGCAGGAUUUUAAAGAGGUCACGAUUGCAGUUGAAGGGGGGAAUAUUUUAAGUUUUGGCGACCCGGAUCCGGAUUCCGGUGACGAUCUGGAGGGAAACAACGUCCAGUGGGACCACCUUCUGGAGUCGCUGACGUCAUCACAACGAACGCGGGGUAAAUCUCCAAAGAUGAAAAAGAUACCCCAGACGGAGAGCCGGAGUUUUUCAACAGCCAACAAGGCUGAUGGUAAAAAAUCAGGGGGUGUUGGUGGAUCCACAAGGUCCUGUGAUGAUGUUCACAAAAAACAGAGCGGCUCACAGCGUAAAUCCUCGGGACAGAAACAGAGAGUAGACCUAGAGGAGCAGGAACGAGGCUCGUCGCCUGUCAAGGGAUUCAGGAAAAGAAUAUCCCCACGUUAUGAUGCGACUGUGGCCAGGAAGACGUCCGAGGAAGAAGAUGAUGGGUACAGUCCCGUCGGGGACGUGGAGGGUCCGGACCUCAGUGACAGCGAGGGGUACUCGAGGGGUUACAUCAGCGAUGGCGAGGGGUACCAAGGGGGUUCAGAGGACGAGUUCUGGUCGUUUUAAAUGUAAAAAAAAAGAUUAAGUUAAAUAUUAUCAGUAACUUUUGUGAAAAAUUAAUCACUUAUUUUGGAUUUGUUUAUGAAAUUUGAGAGGUGUAUUAAAUCAUUUGAACUGUACAAGUUAAUGGUUUAAAG